ACAUGAUGUUCUUACAAAAAUGAGCACAAAAGAUUUGACAAAGCCGUUCUAUUACGAGAGCAAUAGUGAAUCUAUUAAAAACUUCGUUGACGACUAUGAAGGAUAUGCCGCUAUGAAAGACUGGAACAAAACCAAAAUUAGGCUUGUAAAAGACAUAAAGACUACCAUCCUAAAAUCUGCAAAAUCAAAGUAUGAUAUUGAGAUGAAAAUUGAGCGUUUGAUGAACCUCAAACUAAAUGAAGAUGAAAGUAUCGUCUCUUAUACCAACCGAUUCGAUGUUUGUGCUAAAAAGGUGAAAAAUGAAGUAGCAAUCGUGAAGCAAAACAUUGGCCAAUAUAAUAGGGGAAGAAUCAACUUACUAGAUGAUCUCAACAUUGAUGACUUGGCUGAUGCCUUUUUUGAAUUAAAGAUUUGUCAAGUUAGUCAGGACAGUCAAAGUGAAAAGGGUGCUAAAAGAAUUGACAAGUUGGAAUCUACUAUUAAUGAACUUACCAAGCUUGUUAAGGACAUAGCCAACAAUAAAAGUCAAUUCAAUCCCAAUCAACAAAACCGGCCCAGCUGA